CGCUCUGGUCGUCCCACCAAACCUGAGACUUCCAAGCUGGGCCCAGCCUGCGCGGGGAUAUAGGGGCGAGUCAACAGGAGCUGCAAUUACCCUCCCAAGCAGAUGUGAAGUUCAUCGGAGAUGAGACGCUUGAUUUCAGCAUAUUGCCCUCUCCUCCUGGCGGGUAAGAUCCCCUCACCCUACCAUGUGGCCCCUUAAUCCCACGCGCUCCUUUCCUGCUGGCCAGAGAUCCUGUCAGCAGGAUCAGCCUGCUAGGAACCCGCCACUUCUCUUGAACCAGGAUCUGAGAACAGCUCUCUGCACAUGGCAAGUGCUCAGUAAAUGCCAUUAAUUGAUGGAUCGAUUGAUUGACCUGCCUAAAUCUGAGGGGGCCAGAGGCAACCUCCUAGGGUAGCACAUCCCUAAUGCUGGGCAGAUACAUUGGCUCACCUUGGGGCAGCCUCUUAACCCCAAAUCCUCUGGCCACGGCCCGAGCCUUGACGCUGGCUCCCUGCUCCCAACCCCACUUCUCCCAACCCCACUUCUUGCCAUUCCCUGGCCUUUCCCUAUCGGGUUUGGAACCUGACUCCGAGCUUCCCGGCUCUAUUCUCCGACUCAGCCGCAAGGAAGAAGAGGUGCCCGGGUUGGCGCUGAGUCCUGGGAAGCCAGUCUUGGGGGGCCUGACCCCCCAGGGUGACCCGAACCCUGAGGCCCCGGCGCCCCAGGGGUGCGGGCUCAGGCUCAGCUGGGGCCCUCUGAGCCCGGAGAAGCUGGAGGAGAUCCUGGAGGAAGCGAACCAGCUGGCUGCUCAGCUGGAGCAGUGCGCCCUGCAGGAGCAGGAGAAUGCAGCGGAGCCCAAGGGGAGGCCAAGGGCUCAGCCCAGCCCCCGGAGAGAGACUUUUGUGGUGAAGGACAGUCCCGUUCGGGCCCUACUGCCCACUGUGGACUCCUCACCCCAGGGCAGCCCCUCUCUCCGGGGCGCUCCCUCCCCCCGAGGGGGCCCCUCCCCGGGGGGACUGGCCUCCCGUCUCCGGAGCAGCGAGAAGAAAGGGUUGGUCAGGAGUCUCCGGCCGGCGGCUGGGAAGAGGACCAUCGGCAGCAGGAGGGAGGGGCCCGGAGGACACCCAGGCCCUGCGGCCAGAGGUCCGGUCUCCACCAGCUUCACACGGAGCAGCCCCCCGGCUCGGGGCAAGGGGGUGACCAUGGCGAAAGCCGCUCCAGGUCCAACCUCCACUGAGCAGUCAUCGGUUGGCCCCCAGCUCCCCUCCAACCCUACCACGCGGGCCUCUCGGGUCUCCCGGGCCACGAGCACAGUUGCCCCCAGCCGCCUCCCUGUGCCCACGACCAUCCCCAAGCCCAGAAGCUCGGUCCUGCUCACUAACAGGGGAGCGCAGUCCGCGAGGGGCAGCGGGCCCACCGUCUGCCCACCCCUUCGGAAGGGGCUGCUGAGGCCCGGUACAGCUGGGCACCGAGUUCCUGCUCCCCAGCGGCCCAUCAGCUGCAGCCACUUGCAGGCCCCCAAGAAGGUGGUGAUCCCGGCAUCCAGGUAAAGAGGCUGGAACUGCAGCCCCCGAGUCACUCCAGCGUCACUCCGGCUGUGUCCUUCCUUCCCAUCUCCACUCCCUCUCCACCAUGGAGCUGCACCUCUGAGCCACCCUCCUAGCCCAGCCCAGUGCCCCCGGGACGAGCCACUGGGCAGGGAGGGAACGGCUGGGCAGCAGGGGUGAAGGGGGCGGGAGAGGGAAGAGGAGUGAAAAUUUUCUGGGUCGAAAUGAAGCAGCAGGUGGGGAAGUGAAGGUGAAUGGUCUAUAGCCUUUUCUGGAAUCGAGCUGCCCCAACCUCCAGGGCCCAGACAGGACCCUGCCACCCCUAACAGCCCAACAGGGACUAUUUGGGUCUCCUGGGACUUGGGCUGAGGGAGGUGUUUUAAUGUGAUUUCUUUCCAAUGGUGCUUUCCCGUCUCCGGGGCAACCCAGGAGCCGGGGAUGGGUACUGUCCACAAGGCCUACACCCCAGGCUGGCACAGACCUACACAAGAUGGUGCUCUCCCCAGGAUGCUUUGCCCAGUUAAGUGCCUGACCGUGCCUGCCCUGGGACCCUUCUCGUUCUGUGACAGGCCUCCAGCCUUAAUAAAG